CUCUGUUUCUUCGAGAAACAGAGAGGAGCGGUGGGGCAUGAGGAGUGAAGAAAAGAAGAAGAAGAGGGAAAAGAAGAGAGGAGGAAGGAGAGAGGAAGAAGAGGGAGAAGAGAAGAAGAAGAAGAAGAGGAGGUGGCUGCAGCGAGGGCUGCAGCGAGGAGCUGUGGGGCGUGGGAAGAAGAAGAGAGGAAGAAGAGGGAGAAGAGAAGAAGAAGAAGAAGAAGAAGAAGAAGAAGAAGAAGAGAGGAGGAUAGCUGCGGCAAGGCUGCAGCGAGGAGGUGUGUGGCUUUGGGGAGGAAAAGGGAAGAGGAGAAGAAGAGAAGGAGAAGAAGAGGGAAAAGAGAGGCAGCUGCAGCAGCCAGGGCUGCAGCACCUCUGUUUCCCGCAGGUGGAAACAGAGGAGAGGAUGUGUGGGGCGUUGAGGAUGAAAAGGGAAGAAGAAGAAGAAGAAGAAGAAGAAGAAGAUAGCUGCGGCAAGGCUGCAGCGAGGAGAUGUGUGGCCUUGGGGAGGAAAAGGGAAGAGGGGAAGAGGAGAAGAAGAAGAAGAGGAAGAGAAAGAGGUGUGAUACCUCUGUUUCCUGCAGAGGAAACAGAGGAGAGGGUGUGUGUGACGCCGGGGAAGAAGGGGCUGCAGCUGCGGCGAUGGCAGCUGCAGCUGGAAGAGAAGAAGAAGAGGAAGAUGAGCAGGGGAGGAGGGAGAGGUUGCGGCCGUGGCUGCGGCCGUGACUGCAGCAGUUGCAGCGGGGAGAGAAGAAGAAGAAAGGAAGGAGAAGGGAAAGAAGUAGCUGCGGCUGCGGUUGUGGCAGCUGCAGCUAUGGCAGGGAAAGAGGAAGAGAAAAAGGAAAGGAAGAAGAAGAGAAAGGGAAGGAGAGGAAGAAGAGAGGAAGAGGAGAAGGGGCCGCGGCUGCGGCGAUGGCAGCUGCAGCUGUGGCAGGGAAAGAGAAAAAGGAAAGGAAGAAGAAGAGAAAGGGAAGGAGAGGAAGAAGAGAGGAAGAGGAGAAGGGGCUGCGGCUGCGGUGAUGGCAGCUGCAGCUGUGGCUGGGAAAGAAGAGAAGGAAAGGAAGAAGAAGAGAAAGGGAAGGAGAGGAAGAAGAGAGGAAGAGGAGAAGGGGUGGCAGCUGCGGCAGUGGCAGCUGCAGUUGGAAGAGAAGUAGGAGAGGAAAUAGAGUAGCAGAGGAAGAAGAGGCUGCGGUUGUGGUGGCUGCGGCCAUGGCUGCGACUACGACUGCGGCAGUUGCAGCUGGGAAAGAAAGGAAAGGAAAGGGGGAAAAAGGGGCUGCGGACUGGAUUGCGGUCGCAGCGGCAGCGACUGCGUAUGCAGCAAUUAUGUCUGCGAGAGAAGGGAGGAAGGAAGGUAGUGCGGUGGAAGGGGCUGCGAUUGUGGCAGCGGCGGCAGCUGUGGCAGCUGCGUUUGGGAAAGAAAAAGAAGGAAUGAGAGUAAGAGAGAGCAGGUGACUGUGCCUCGAUGUUCGACACGUGAUGUAGUUACGAAGAAAGGAAGAAAACGGGAGCACAAAACGAAACAGAGAGAGGACACGGAGGAAAAGUAGAAAGAUUGGACUGGCACCUUCCUUGGAUAUUCAGAUCAAAAUAUUUGAAAGGUCAGCUUGUUACUCUUCGAGAUGUUUGAUUUGGGCUGAGGCAGUGGAUAGCUAUUCAGAGUGAUGGGCAAGUCUGGUUGGUUAUUACGAUAUUGUUGUAUAAGUAUGUUUUGUAUGUAAUGAAAUGUUGUCGAUGAACCGAAAUGGAUAUACUGUGUCAAAGUGUUAGGAGAUCUCUCUUAUUUGGAAUUUCUGAAUGUUAAGCCUAAUUUAUAAUGAUAUGAACUUGUGGUGAAUAGUUGGAGUUCUGAUUGUAUAAAUUAUUUAGCUUGUGGAUUUAUAAAUAUUGUUCAUGUUUGUCAA